GAGUGUUGAUUUGAUACCUACCAACCACCAUGCCACACCAAGAUAGCAACGAUAAAGACAAAUUCUUCUUCUCCGAUGAGGAAGACCGUCCUUGGAUCGACCGCUACGCUGGGACACCGGAAUUUAACGUUGGGGAUAAAGUCUAUCUGCUAAGCUCCGACGGAUCCCUUGAGGGCCCUUAUUCAGUUGCAUCUGUUUCUGGGCAUAAGUGUACCCUUAGCCUAGAAAACGGCCAAGUUGCUAAGAAUGGUGAGGAGUUCGAAAUGGCGGGGCUUCAGGCUGCAUGAAUGUAGCCACGACCUUUAGACUGACGGUCACGGUGAACUCCUAAUGGUUGCCUUCAUUAUAUUAAAGAGGUGGGCGGGGUAUGUCAGACGCUACAACAGUGAAUGUGGUGUGCCUUAUAAAUACGCCUAAUUUAGAGUGCUUCGGGCUCUUAGGCACUAUAUUCACAGC